GAUCAGAUUGUGAGACGCGCUGCUGUAGCACGGCUAGCGGAGAGUGGAUAGAAGAGGCUAACAAACAUUUUGCUAACUUGUGAAGUGCACCGGGGUCUGAAAAGGGACAAAUAAAGAAACAUUUAUUUUAAGCCUGAAGCCCAACUGCUCCGGUCCUUUGGGAUCAUGGCGAAAGAUGCUGGUCUGAUAGAAACUAACGGAGAGCUGAAGGUUUUCAUCGAUCAGAAUCUGAGCCCCAGCAAAGGUGUCCUGUCUUUGGUUACAGUCCAGGCUACAGCUGUCCCCGUGGCCAAACAGCUACUUCCCAAAACUCUUGGGCAAUCCAAUUUGAACAUUGCUGCACACAUGCAACAUUUGCCACACAUGGUGAUAGGAACACCCCAGAGGCCUACAAUGUCCAAUACCAUUUUGGUAAACAGUCCACACACACCCAGUUCCCAGUUCCUCACUCAGAAUCCACCAUCAGAUGCCUCUCCGUGGUCUUCAGGAAAACGCGGAAAGAAAGGGGAAAAGAAUGGAAAGGGCUUGAGGCAUUUCUCCAUGAAAGUGUGUGAGAAGGUGCAGAAGAAAGGAGUCACCACCUACAACGAGGUGGCAGAUGAACUGGUUGCAGAAUUCAGCUCUGCAGACAGCCACAUGUCACCCAACGACGCACACGUGUACGACCAGAAGAACAUCCGACGGCGUGUGUACGAUGCACUUAAUGUGCUUAUGGCCAUGAACAUUAUCUCUAAAGAGAAGAAGGAAAUCAAAUGGAUUGGCCUUCCCACCAACUCAGCGCAAGAGUGCCAAAACCUAGAGGUGGAGAGACAAAGGCGGCUUGAGAGAAUUAAGCAGAAACAGUCGCAGCUUCAGGAGCUCAUACUGCAGCAAAUAGCUUUUAAGAACCUGGUGCAGCGGAACAGACAGACGGAGCAGCAGGCAAACAGAUCUCCACCUCCCAACUCCAUCAUCCACCUCCCGUUCAUUAUCGUCAACACCAGCAAGAAAACGGUCAUCGACUGCAGCAUCUCGAAUGACAAGUUCGAGUAUUUGUUCAACUUCGACAGCAUGUUUGAGAUCCACGACGACAUCGAGGUGCUGAAGCGGAUGGGCAUGGCCUGCGGUCUGGAGGUGGGGAAGUGUUCUCCGGAGGACCUGAAGGUCGCACGCAGCCUGGUACCCAAAGCGCUGGAGCCCUACGUUAUAGGGGUCUAG